AAAAAAUAUUUUUCUUUUCGGAAGAAGAUCCCGACAAAGCGGCCCUGUUUCUUUUCAGCUAAAAAAAAUAAAAAAAUAGUCGAAGAAUCCGAAAACCGACGAUGUACGCCCGGACAAACACCGGCAGCACACAUGGAGACUUUCAAGAUAGAAACGGGGUGAACUAUGUUACAUCGACAGAGUCUUUCGGCCACUGCUCUCAAUUGUUCUGGAAAAAGGACCCCAACGACUCCGGACCAAGUUCGACCAUCAGCUGGUGUGACCAGCUUCCUUCGUCCUCAGCAGCCCUCUCUAGCUCCAGCCUCUCCUCAGCAUCGCUCUCCAGUUCCAGCCUCUCCUCAGCGUCGCUCUCCAGCUCCAGGCUCUCUAUGGAGUCCCAAGCACCAGCACCGGCGCCGCCGCCGCCACCAGCGACGACAGUGUCAGAUGACAUGGAAUCAGAUGAGAGGCCAUAUGUCUGCGACCUGUGCAGCUGCGCCUACAAACACGCCAGCUCCCUCCUGAACCACAAACUCACCCACAAAACUGGAGACUUCAGGUGCGACUUUUGCAGUAAGCCCUACACCAACUACAUGUCUUUGCGCAACCACAUGCGAAUCCACGGUCAGAAGCGCUACAUGUGCGACCUGUGCGGGAAGGCCUUCCGCCUGGCCCGGUACCUCCGUAACCACCAGAGGAUCCACGAUGACGGGCCCAACCGCUUUGACUGUCCCUCCUGCUGCAAGAGCUACAGGACCAUGCUGGAGCUGGCCCAGCAUCGCUGCACUGCUGCUGUGUCCAAUCAGAACCGGUUCAACUGCCCGUCCUGCUUUAAGAGCUACCGAACCAUGCUGGACCUGGCCCAGCACCGCUGCAGCGCCGCGGCCAAAAACCAGUCUGGCGGUCGUCGUUCCAACUUCUCAGCUACGCCACGCCGUCAGCAACAGCAGCAACAGCAGAAUAAUGCUAACUCCAUGAUGCAGCCGCAUGGUGGACACGGCCAGCAGGAACCUCUUCCCUCCCACUGCGUCUCACCAAUGUCCCAGGGAGGGCAGGGUGGCGGCGUGGCCAGCCAGUCUGUGCCUGACCCCCACCAGCAGGGCCGCCCCAGUUCGGUGUCCUCUCAGGGCAGCCAGCAGAGCAUGAGGAGCUCAUCCUCCAACAAACACGUUUCCUCCUCCAGCGCUACCCCGUCCUCCUCCUACUCCCUUCUCCAGCCCCUGGUGCCUGAGGUAAAGGAGAUGAGCUCGGGAUACACUAGGCUGAGCGCCAACCCCAUGCCGAAGCACCAGGACACUUUCUCUCUGGCCCCCCAGCGGCCCCUCACCACCAUCAAUCCCAUCGGCCACGCCCUUCAUCCGAACGGAGCGCCCACGCUCAAGCCCUCCCCCGUGCCACGCACCAUCCAGGCCAUGCCCUGGGAACAGCGCUCCCUCUACAACCAAUGAGACACCUGGGAGCCAACACCUCCCCGUUCACGUCGCAUCUACGACCACACACCCUCCGUCUCCACCCCGACCCUCUCAGAUCCAGCAUCAAGGACGGAUGACUGCCGGAUGCCUGCCUUUCCCCUCAGCCCUCCUCUGGAACGUUGUUUGGGAAUGGGGAAGGGCACCAUUGAGAACUAGUUGAGAUUGAUUACUGAGUAGUUAGGUUUAAAACAAUGUGUUGCCUUGACCCUCAUGUAUGAUCUAUGCCAUGUACUGGAUAUAAGUUAAAAUGUCUCUCUCCUAAUCUGUCCUCACUAAGAAUUUAUCUCCCUCAUCCUCCUCUACCACCCUAGUUAUGAAAUAUUUAUCCUUCCCAUUAUGAGUAGUGUCUCCCCACCACCUUUUCCAUAUGUUAAAUGAAAGCCUAUUUUUAUCAAGAGUGUGUUCCAAACCAUGAAUGACCGUGGACUCCUGGCACCACGUUGUCAAAAGUAAUUGUUAAAGGUUUUGAACAUAAUACCCACCUUUUAUUUUUUUUAUCCAAUGAGGUUUCUGGAAAAAGAGCAGGAGGGGGGAAACAUUUCCCUUCUUUGUAUUUUUUCACCCGCCCCUUCGACGUGCUCCAGAACGAACGUUGUGUAUAUUGUGCGUUUAGGAGGUGUAAUGAGUUCCGUUCUCUCAGCAAGGACCACAACAGAAACAUUUCUGCAAAAAACCCCCAUUUCACCUGUGCGUUCAGCUCAGGUGUGCUGUGAAGACUGAAGCCCGAUCUCCCGGUUUCUCACACGCAGCCACCGAGCAAGGACAGUCGGGCGCUGUUCUCUGAACACACAACUGAAAGCUCACCUUUUUUUUUCUAAACUGGCACCUGACUGGUGGUUUGUGGUUAUUGUAGUUUUAAUAAUGUUGGCUGGGAAACAUGAUAGAUGAUCACCGAGCGAGUCUCCGCCCCUCUGACUGUUACACGGUUUGUUCCUUUCACUUUGAAGCAUUUGAAGAAAUGCUGUAUAAUUAUGACUGUCUUUGCCGCUCACCUCCACCCUCCAUCAAGAGCUGUGUCUGCUGUAAAAACGUAACAUUGCCUUACAUCACCCCUCCACCCCCAUUACCACUCACUCACUCACUCACACAGCCCCCGUCACCAGUGAUUUUAACAGUCGCCCUAGGCCUGGUGCAAGCCCACAAAGCUCCAGUGGCUAAAAUGUAAUCCUCCCACCCGGCCCCACCUCGGCUCCCGUAGGACAAACUAAAACAGAUGAUGCCUGCCUCACACUACUCCCGGGAUUUAGUUCAGCCCUAGGUUUCCAUAAGCAGCCAAUCACUUCUGGCCAAGUUAAAGAGGAUUUUGUAAAGUUUGACUGAAAUAACGGCUCCAGUAUGUAGUUCUGUUAGGUUCUCUCUCGCUAACAUGGUGUUCAUUGAAAUACCCACAGUUCUACUGACAUUGUAUUUUCUCUUUUUAAAGUUGUUUCUAUUUUUAUUCAUGAUAUGUUUUCAUUGUUGCUUUCUCUCUCCUUGUAAAGUGUCUUUGAGUAUUUAGAAAAGUGCUA